AUGAUGGCCUCGCCGUCCGAGGAUCCGCGCCCCUUUGGCGCGCUCACCGCCCCGCUACGGCUGCUGCUGCACGCCACCGCUCUCUACUCGAGCUACUUUGCCUUUACCCACCUCGGCGUACUCGAGCAGCUCCUCGACUCCAUCAUCCCCGACCUCUUCGGCGGGCAAUCGCAGUUCCUCACCAUGAACGGCCUCGGAGCCACCACGGCCACGUUUGCCGUCGCCCUGCUACGCGACCUCGUCCCGUCGCUACCCCUCGGCUGGCUCAAGACGGCGCUCCUCUCAGCCUCGCUGCCCUACGAGUUCCUAAUCACGCUCCUCUACUGGGGCCUGCGGCUGUACGACCCUUCGCUCGUGGUGCCGCCAAAGACCAUCUACGACCCGGCCGACCCGGGCCAGGUGCUGCGCGUCGAAAACGUCCCCAUCCCGCUCGCCAUCGACGCCAGCCUGCACGGCUUUCCCGGCCUGUUUCUCCUGAUCGAGUACCUCGCCUUUUCGAGGGCCCGAGGCGGCGGCAGCAGCGACAGACACGGAAAUGGUGACCGUGGGAGGAAGACGAGGCUGGCGUGGUGCGUCGCGGCCGGACUGGCUUACGUCGCGUGGAGCGAGUACUGUGCAUCGAUAAACGGCCACAGGGCAUACCCGCUGCUCGAAGCGCUUUCCGCGCCGCAGCGCCUCGUCCUCUACAGCGGCUGCCUGGCCAUCGUGCUCGCCGCCUCGGUGGCGCUCGAAAAGGUCCACGACGCCCUACACGGCCACGCAAGAGGCCCCACCGUCCAAAGCGGCGGCAAGAAGCGCGCGUAA